UGUCCCUCACCAGACUACCCAUCCUCUAAGAUGUCCCAGUCCACCGUAACUGAAGAAGGAGGCACCUUCGAGCACCUGUGGAGCUCCCUGGAGCCAGACAGCACCUACUUUGAGCUCCCCCCAGGUAGCCAGCCAGGUGAACGUCCAGUGCCUUCUACCAGCACCCCAGGGAGCCACCGCAGCGCUGCCGAAGUCUCCAUGGAUGUCUACCACAUGAGGGACAUGAACGACAAUGUGAUGUCCCAGUACAACUUGCUGAGCAGCAGCAUGGAGAGCCUGGGGAGCCGCGCGACGUCCGCCAGCCCCUACAGCUCCGAGAACGCCUCCUCAUCGGCCGUGCCCACCCCCUCGCCCUACUCCCAGCCCAACUCCACCUUCGAGGGCCUGUCGCCUGCCCCGGCUAUCCCCUCCAACACCGACUACCCUGGACCUCACACCUUCCAGGUGUCCUUCCAGCAGUCCAGCACAGCCAAGUCUGCCACAUGGACCUACUCUCCCUUGCUGAAGAAGCUCUACUGUCAGAUUGCCAAGACCUGUCCAAUACAGAUCAAACUGUCCUCUUCUCCUCCACAUGGCAGCAUCAUCAGAGCCAUGCCCGUCUACAAGAAGGCAGAGCAUGUCACAGAAGUGGUCAAACGCUGCCCCAAUCACGAACUAGGGCGAGAUUUCAAUGAUGGUCAAGCAGCCCCAGCCAGUCACCUGAUCCGAGUGGAGGGAAAUAACCUCUGUCAGUAUGUGGAUGAUCCUGUCACCGGCCGGCAGAGUGUUUUCGUGCCCUAUGAGGCUCCACAGGUGGGGACUGAGUUUACCACCAUCCUGUACAACUUUAUGUGCAACAGCAGCUGUGUGGGUGGCAUGAACAGAAGACCCAUCCUCAUCAUCAUCACACUGGAGACCAGGGAUGGUCAAGUCUUGGGCAGAAGGUCAUUUGAAGGUCGGAUAUGCGCGUGUCCUGGCAGAGACCGCAAAGCCGAUGAGGACCAUUUCAGGGAGCAACAGGCCCUGAAUGAGAGUGUGGCCAAAAAUGGCAGUGCCAGCAAACGCAACUUUAAACAGAGUCCGCCAAAUAUUCCUAGUCCAAAUAUUAACAUGAGGAAGAGGAGGCAUGGAGAAGAAGAGAUUUACUAUAUUCCUGUUCGUGGUAGGGAGAACUUCGAGCUGCUAAUGAAGAUCAAAGACAGUUUGGAGCUGGUGGAGUUGGUGCCACAGCCUCUGGUGGACUCCUACAGGCAACAAACACAGCAGCAACUUCUGCAGAGACCGAGUCAUAUAGCGUCCCCCUCCUCUUACUCUCCACUGUCCAACAUGAACAAACUUCAUGCCCAUGGAGGUCUCAGCAAACCGCCCUCAGUCAACCAGCUGGUGGGGCAGCAGCCCCAGCAACACCCGACUGCCCCCACCUCCAUUGCUCACAUGGGUUCAAACAUGCUCCACAGCCACCACAUGCAGGCCAAUGGUGAUAUGAACGGUGGCCACAGCAGUCAGACUAUAGUGUCUGCUUCCCACUGCAGCCCGCCCCCUCCGUAUAACCCUGACCCCAGCCUUGUCAGUUUUCUUACCAGUCUGGGAUGUCAGAACUUCAUUGAGUACUUCACCUCCCAAGGCCUCCAGUCUGUCUACCACCUUCAGACUCUCUCCAUGGAGGAUUUAGGUGCACUGAAGAUACCGGAGCAGUCCCGCCUUGCCAUCUGGCGAGGUCUACAGGACAUGAAACAAGGUGCUCCCAUCCAACUGCCCACCUCUACCCAUCACCAUGACUAUCAUGGCCAGCAGCUUCUUCGCUCCAGCAGCAACAUGGCUGCCUCUGCAAUGGCAGCCAUUGGGGCUGCUGGUGGGGAACUGCAACGUCAGCGUGUCAUGGAGGCUGUGCACUUUCGCGUCCGCCACACCAUCACUAUCCCCAACAGGUCAGGUGUUGUUGGGACAACAGGGAUGGCAGCAGCUGCUGAUGAGUGGGCUGACUUUGGUUUCGACAUGCCCGACUGCAAGAUGUCACGUAGCAAGCACUCCAUAAAGGAAGAAUUCAUGGAAAGUGACAUUCACUGAGCCCGAAAAGGAUUGUGGGACUGUUUUGGAAACAAUCAGCUUACUUACAGAGUAAAAGCAUGUGGAUAGGUUCUUUAAAUGUGCUGUUAGGUGUUGUUGUCAUAAUUCAGUCAGUGCUUUUGGAGAGAAUCAAGUUUUGUUUUGAAUGUGGGACAUUUUCAGUGUAUUAAUGCACUUUCCUGUGCAGUCUUUUCUUUGUGCUUGAACACUUGUUCCACUCAGAAGAUUGAACAUGAGAUACCACAAAGGAAAUAUCAAGUCUACAUAGCAAAUACCCCUGUGACAACACAAUUGUCAAGGCAGUCCUAAUGAAAACACACAUGGUCAGGACUGUACUUUUUGGGACUCUGAAGUGCACGUUAAAAGAGGGAAAUUAUUCUGGAAAGCAGGAUGUUGUUUGGUCUCACUGUGCAAUAAUAGACGACACUUUUUUUUUUAUUUAACAGCGUCCACUUACAUUUAUGGUGAAGAUCAAGUGUAGCAAUGGUACAAUCGCACAAAUGUCACAGUAGACAUAUCACCGUUUCACAAUUUUUUAGUUUCAGUUUUGUUUUUGGAUCAUGGAAUUUAUUCUCAGCUGCCUUAUUUAUUGUUCUUUCAGUUUUCCUUCUCUUGUAUAAAUGUAUAUACUGUAUCUUGUAAAUGUUUUAGACUAGAUGUGGUUGAAAAGGGGUAUUUAGAUUCAAAAUGGUGUAUCUCCUGUUUGAACCAAAUGUAUAGUUGAAUGGUAAAUCAAACUCACAAUUAUGGGAGCACAUAGUCAUGUAUAUUUUAAUGCGCAUGGCAAUGUGAUGACUUGUAGUUCAGUGUGCCCUUAUCAUUUCACUAUUAACGAUUAUUUAAUGAGCUUUGGUAUAAAUAGCAUGUAUUCAUGAAAACUGCCACUGGGAAUCAAAGUCAACAAGUAAUAUCAAAAGUUAGACAUCACAUCCAUUACUUUUUUAUUACGUUGUGGGAAGUAAUGUGCUAGUCCUUGUAUAGAAGCACAUUGCUGAGAGCAGAAAAAUAUCAAAAACAGUAUUAUAUGUUAAUAGCAGGGAUUUAAUCAGAAUUGUGAAUAAUAAAUUAAGAAUGGCAUCCCUGUUUAUCAAGACACAAGACAAGAGUAGCAUUUUUGACCUUCUCUGUGCAUUUUGAAAAGCCUUGCAGGGCAAGGUUCUUAUAUAUCAAUUAUAGCUAGCUGUGUACCUAGUAUGUAUCAUCAUCGCACUUGUUUGUGGAUAUUCAAUAGCAACAUUCCAGUUUUAUUCCUAGAUUGCCAUUCAGCAUGAUUAGUCAUGGUGCAAUUUUAGUAUGGUGUCAAAUAUGUUUGUAGUAAGUACUUGACUUUGUACCAUGACAAUAAUCUGUACCUGAUUUGCAGUCAUUCUCUAAGACCCUCUUACUUACAAAGAAACACAUACUUCCACCCACUAACCACCAACUGGUCAAAGAAAGAGCACUUUAAUGCUUUAAAAGUAAAAUAAUUUAGGAUUACUUGUGCUUAUGAUCAGUAUUAUGCAUUACCAUAAUGUAAAUAGAAAUCGUGAUUUGUUAUUCCUGGUACGUUUUUUUCUUUCUUUUUUUUUUAUCAGUUUUAUAAAGAUUAUUAAGAUGUGUACCUUUGUAACUACUGCUGUUUGUCGAUGCCCAUUAGUUUCUGAAAAUAUUAAGUUCAGUGUUUUUUUUUUCUUAAAAUCGUGGAUAUUAAAAUAUUUGCCUUCC